CGGGGGAAGGAAGUGGCCCGGGCACGGGAGGCUGCCCCUCUGCCCGGCCGCCGGAGCUCCCUUCCCGCUGGCCCACGGCCGCUGCCCGCUGCUGCCGCUGCCGGCGGUGCCGCUCGCAGCGGAGAGCAGCUCUCCGUGCCCUGGGGGAGCGGAGCGGGGUGGCAGAGGCAAAAAGCGGCGUCUGCACUUAGAGCCACACUCGCAUCCCGCAUCCAGCUCCGCACCCUCCCCCCGCGUCCGCCGCCGGGACGCGCCCUCGCCGCGGCCGGUGCGGGGCGGCCCCGAGGGCGCGGAGCUGCGGCGGGGGAGCGGCGGGGGCAGCGCGGAGCCGCCCGCACCGCCGGCCCCGGGCAGAGCCGAGAGGCGCCGCCGGAGCGCGGGGCGGGGGCUGCUCGCCGGGGCGGGGGCUGUCACGGGGCUGGGACGAUAAAACCGGGGGUAAUCGCAUUUAGGCAAAUGAGGCUGUCUCGGCCCUCCCCGUCUCCAGGCAUAUAAAGUGGGGAGCGCUCCCGCGGCCGGCCAAUGCGCCCGGAGAGCAGCGCUCGCCCUCCCCGCUGCAGACGGACGUCGAGGCGGCGAUGAGGCUCCCGCUGGCUUUCGCCGUGCUCCUCCUGGCCUCGUCACAGGCGCUGGGCGAGGAGAUGGGAGCCACCGACGACCUCAGCUACUGGUCCGACUGGUCCGACAGCGACCAGGCGAAGGAGGAGCUGCCGCUGCCUCUGGAGCACUUCCUGCAGAGGAUGGCCCGGAGACCCCGGCCCCAGCAGUUCUUCGGCCUCAUGGGCAAGCGGGAUGCCGGAUAUGGCCAGAUCUCUCACAAAAAAAUAAAACAACAACAGGUAGAAGAGAUGCACCACACAGAUGCAGGCUAUACCAAGACACUGCCUUCUUGUGCAUUUGCUCAGAUCAGUAGGAAUUGUACCAGGGCAUAAAACAGACUCCUUUGUUGGACUUAUGGGCAAAAGAUCUUUAAAUUCUGGGUCCUCUGAAGGGAGCACAGCACAGAAUUAUGAACGGAGGCGUAAAUGAGACGUUCCUGUGUGUUAUUUAUUGAACUUCAUUUGUUCUAAUGGCCAAUGCAGUGUAAUAUAAACUAACCACUGUAUGAAAUAAUUAUUUAUUUAAUAACUGAAGGGGUUUGGUUUUUUUCGAGUUGUACAUUCAAUAAAAGUAUUAUUUUUCAUAUUGUGGCAGUGACACGUGUUGUGUAGGUGUGUUGUGGUUCUGAAAGGACCAGCAACCCUGGUGAUGUCUCACAACAAAGCACAUGUUUGGUAUGACCUGUAGAGUUAUGUUUACUAAACAAGCAAGUAUUCUUUUGUUCACUGAAAGCGAGUCUAUCAGCUUCACAGCUAGUGCAGAACAGAACUGAUGUUCAGUCUAGUGCCUCAAUUCAUUUUCAUUAUUUAUUAUGUGCUGGAAUUUCUGUAUCAAAAAAUAUAUUUGUAUCAUUGCAGCAUGUUUUAUGUUCUGUGGUUAUGUAUCAAUAUAUUUUAAAAAGGGGGAUUGGUAAUGUUUGAAUGGGAAUCCAAGGUCUUAAUUUCAUUUUGGAAUUUUAUGAUAGCAACAUUUUAAAUAAAAACUACUCUGGGGCUUUUGCAACAUA